GUUUCCAUUGCCAGGAUCAAAGAGGGCCCAGCUGAACAGUGCCGAGUCCAAACCCAAGGCAGCAGAACCUGUCAUCAGCCAAAUUAUCGACAAACUCAAACACAUUAACCAGCUCCUGCACCUUGUGACGGCCCCACAGAGACGGUGGCGGGUGAAGCCAGGAGGUGGUGCCAUGCAGCCGGGGGGGAGGGUGCACAGGGACGAAGAGGGCCUGGAAAGCGGGGACUGUGAUGACGAGGACGGCUGCGGCGGGAUGUCGGGCCUGGGGCCGCCCCCUCGCUACAGACGCCUUCGGAUAUUCGCAGACCUCGCAGACAACCUGGACCUGGAUGACCUGGCCUUCACCGGGCAGUUUCUGCCUCCCUUGGACGCAGAUGGGGGGGAGGCGCUGGCUGGCGCCGCCCCUGGGCUCCUCAGGUCCCCCGUCCUCACCCUGUCCAUCCUGACCCUGCUCCGGGCUCACUGACCAUUUCCACUGGAUGUUUACCGUCUCCGUUCUGCUCCGAGUUCCUCGAGGAAAUCCAAGAAUCCCACAAACUACAGUCUUGUGAAACUUCUGAGACUAUAAAGUCUGAGGACUGUUUGUAAACCUUGUCUUUUUUAUAUGUUGUCUUUAAUCCAUGACAGAUGUGCUGAAGUUUCAGUGCUGUCUCGCCACGCGUGGUUCUGAUGGUGGUCUUGGUCGCUGUCGUAAAGUGCUCAUAUUGGACCGGAACCACUGCAUUUCCCAGCCUCGUCCCACCCCAAUCGUGGGACAGCCUCGGCACACUGACUCAUCGGAAUGACUCGCUCCUAGGUCUUUUUACUACUUAGUGGCCAACUAAGGAACAGUCAUGAAAUAAAUUCUUCUAGAUCGUUUCCUUAUCUGGUUUGUGUCCAGCCUGGAUUCUCGCCAUACCAUGCGAAUGGCCCACGACUAUGGAUAUUUUGAUGUGAAUGUUUUUUUUGUUAAGAAUCAUUCCUGGAUAAAGAUGAUUUUAAUGGUAUUGUUAGUGGUUAGCUGUCUGUGAUUGUAAGUGGGUGAGUAAUUUUACACUGUAAACAACAUAGUCUUCUUAACUAGUAUGGGACAUUAUUGGGGGCAAGUGCAUAUAGUGGGAUUUGUACAUAAACUGCCCGGCGGUGUUUUGAUUGACAGCCGGAAGGGCCAAUAGGAAGCAUGUGCAUGUGGCUGUCUAUUGGGCAUGCUCACCGAGGUUUUUCUGUAUACCCCUGUGCUAUAGUUGUGUCUCUUUGUACCCUUUACCCACAAC